CUCUGGCCAAUGAGUAGUUUGGGAAAUAGGAGGUGGGCGGGGUCCAGGAGACGGUUGUUGGGGCGGUCGGGUCUGGCGGGUGUUUGAAGAUGGCGGAGUGUGAGAAGAGAGAAGAUUCGGUGUACUGGAGUCAGGACAAUUCUGACGAGGAACAAAAGAUGGUCUAUGUACCAGGACUCUGCAGUGAAGGUAACCUCAGAUCGGCUUCCAAGUUUAAGAAUUUAAAACCUGAACAUAGGAAAUCCAGAGCCCCAGCUCCCGUCCCAGAGGCUUCUAUGGAGUUGGUACCAGACUGGACUCAGCACAGAGAUCAAGAGGGGACUCGGGGAGAAGCCGACUCCAGAAGUGCCUCUUUGAAGGAUUUGUGCCCAGAAGACAAGAGGAGAAUUGCAAAUCUAAUCAAAGAGUUGGCAAGGGUGAGCGAGGAGAAGGAGGUAACGGAGGAACGUCUGAAGACCGAGCAUGAAUCCUUCGAGAAGAAGAUCCGGCAUUUGGAGGCGCAGAACAAACUCAUCGCCACAGAAAGGGAAGCUAUGCAGCAGCAGUACCGGGAGUGCCAGGAGAUGCUGAACCUGUACCAGAAGUACCUGACCGAGCAGCAGGACAAGCUGAACCGUUCUCUGUCUGACCUUGGUGCCGGGAGCGUCCCUUCCCAUCAGGUGCCAAAAAUUGAACAGCAGCCAACAGCAAGUGAACUGAAUGGGUCGUACCUCGCUCCGUGCCAUAAACCGAACACCGAGUUGGAAAGCUUGUGUUCCAUAACGGCGCGUCCCUUCUGUAGAACUGACCCGGCACCAGGAUGUGGUUUCCAUUGCCACCCAGACGGGUACCCUUUGGACAGUUGUGCACGGAGGAAAUGCUGCUGCUCUGAUAUAUCAAACGUACGCCAUCCAGAUGUUACCCGUGGCCAGCAUUGCAGCAGUGCCUUAGAUCCGCCGCCAUCUCGUUGCUGCUUUCACCGACCGACGCGCAACUCCCCGAAAGGUCAACCAGAAUUCUCCCUCACAAGACAUCCGGAAGAUUGCUCCUUUUCUAGUCACUCCACCGCGUCUGGCUUAAGCAACGGGGUCGCCGCGCGAGCGAAGGUGUCGGAGCAGAGGAAACAUGAAUUAAUGUUGCAGAAGCUGGAGCUUGAGGUGGAGAAAGAACGUCUGCAGCAGCUACUGGAGGAACACGAAGCCAAACUGCUCGAGAAGCAGCAGGAACUACUACAGACCAAGCUAGAGUCCGAAAGAACUCCUUUGGCCAUACAGACUAGAGAGGCGGCUGUUACAACCACACCUUCUCUAGGCGCUGUCCCCAAAUGCAACGGUUCUUUGUGCAGCCCUGUGAUGCCAUUGUCAGCAGGACUCCCCACUCCUCCUCCAUCCAGUAAGAACAGGAAGAAAGUGCGCAGCCCCAACGGAACGAACUCGGGGAAGAAAUCGGCGGCACUCGAAGCCAACAAGUCACUGGUCCCGCCAGAGGGGGGUGUUUGUAAAGGGUCUCGGAGGGAUGCCACCACUUCUCCCAGUGUUCCCAGUCAGAGGAUGGAGAUGAAUUUUGUCAAAACGUCACCAGACCACAAAGACGUCUUCCGGUACGAGACUUCUCUCAUCGACAUGCUAGAUGCCAUCAGCCCCAUCUCUUCCCAGAGGAAACAAAGACACUACACAGACCUGUAUGACCUCAGUGUUCUCAGCCCGCCAACCCGCGGAUAUUCCAAGCCCGCCCGCCAGCCUGUACAGCCAGCGAGGCGUGAACCACCCACCGUCGAUACAGAGGAGAGGCGCAUGUUGGAGGAAAUCUUCUUUAUCUGCUGACAGUUUGCUGCCAUAACAUAGCCUUCCAUAAGACUGUCCUAACUGUGAGCCUUGCUGUGACCACAACUACACAUUCCUGAAGUGCACCUGUCCUCUGAACCCUCUGAUCUCGCAGCCAUGUGUAGCCUUCACUAACAAUCCGCCAAGAGAGUUCGUUAGAACCCCGGAACCUUGCAUAGUAGUGAUGGGACCUGUUCCUGUCAGGUGAUGGGAUGUCUUCUGUUUGUUGGAUUUUCUUAUUGCAUGGGUGACAGGUACACUUUUCAAAUUGCACCUGAAAUUUAGAAGCAGACAUGAGCAGACUCAAAACUCUCUCGCCUGAUUUUCUAUUUUAUUUUUUUCGUAAUUAUGAAGAGCUUUUUUUCCUUUUAUUUUUAUUAUUACAGUUGACC